GACUCAGACACAUUGCUAAAGUGUUUUGUUGCCUUAUAUCAAUCAGCCUUAUAUAAAUCAGCCAGACAGCAGUGUGUUACACAAAGGAGAAGCAUGGACAAAGAGGCAAAGUUUAUGAUAACUUGUCUGAUUUUUGCAGUCAUCUGUAGCGCCGUGUCCAGUGAUGAAUGGAAGGCCACUGUUGUAAAAAGCAUUGACGCUCUGGUUGGAUCCUGUGUUGUGGUACCAUGUUCAUUCUCCCAUACUGGAGGAAACCUGCCCUCCUCCAGACUCAGAGCAAUGUGGCACUAUAAAGGCAAAACACCAGAUACUAAAGGAAACAACAUCUUUCAUAGUGAUGCUACACUGAUUAAGGACAACUUUAAGGGCCGAACAAAGAUGUUGGGAGAGCUGGGCGAGAACAACUGCACCUUAGAAAUAACUCAAAUUAGAAAUCAUGACAAUGGCCCUUUCUGUUUCAGAGUUGAAGUAGUAAAAGGAGAAGGUAAUGAACCCACAAAGGACAUGUUCUCCUUUGAUAAAGACUGCGUCGAGUUGAACAUGAUCACUGACCCUGCAGAGCCUACAUUGACUCAGCCAAUGGCAGCCACUCAAGGAGAGCCCUACACUGCCAUCUGUUCAGUCAUGCACACCUGUCCAACCCAUGUACCUACACUUACAUGGAACUGGAAGACAGAAAGGAUCGUGUACCAUAGACUAAUUCAUUCUGGCAACUGGGAGACACUGUCCAUCCUGACAUUUAUUCCUGAGGAGAAGGAUGACAACAGAGAGCUGACAUGCACAGCUGGAUUUAAUGGAGGGCAAACAUCCUCCUCAAAAUUCACACUGAAUGUAAAAC